AUGGUGCUAAACUAUGCGACAAUCCCGCUUCAAGUCCAGGGAGUCAACCUCAACCUAUCGACAAUCCACAGCCUCAAUUCCUCGCCACCAAUUCUAUUCCUCCAUGGGUUCGGUUCAUGCAAAGAAGACCUGGCAGAUAUAGUCAUUCAUCCUAGUCUACAAAAGUAUGGUUUCCUCGCCUUUGACGCUCCAGGAUGUGGCCACACAACCAGCGACAAUCUCUCCGCCACCGAUAUCCCUUUCUUAGUCGCCACAGCGGAGGCCGUUCUGAAUCAUUUCCAAAUCACCAAAUUCCACCUCAUGGGACAUUCAAUGGGUGGACUCACUGCCCUCAUGCUCGCACAUCAGAACCACGAUAGGGUCCUCAGCUUCGUGGACAUUAAGGGCAAUCUUGCACCGGAAGAUUGCUUUCUCAGUCGGCAAAUCUUCACCUUUCCUUCGAAUGACGCGGAGGCAUUCCUUGACCAGUUUAUCGAUCGGACUCGGAAGGCGAACUCUUAUGCCAGUCCACUGUAUGCGAGUACCCUGCGUGCCCGAGUACGGGCUGGUGCCAUAAGGCCAAUUUUCGAGUCUAUGGUGCACCUAUCUGAUCAUGGCGAUUUGAUGGAGAAGUUCUUGGGGCUUCCGUGUCCGAAGAUGUUUAUGUUUGGUGAGGAGAAUCGGGGACUGUCGUAUUUGGGUCGUUUGGAGGAGCAAGGUGUUGAAUUGGCGAUGAUAGAGGAAAGUGGGCAUUUCCCCAUGUAUUCUAACCCGGUGGAGAUGUAUCGUCGGAUUUCCGAUUUCUUAGCUAGACUUUCAUAG